GGAAGCCAAAAGAAAAAAGUAAAGGAAGCCGAAAAGCCAUUAUAAGAAACGGAAGGAGACCAAAAAGCGACGAUCUACAAAUUGCUCUCUACACUGUGAAUUUGAUACUCCAGUCUCCAGCUGUGCUAUAUAAUCACCGAAUUAAUUAUUCACAUACUGCAAAAAAAGAGUUACCCCUCGUCACAAUCUCCAUAUGUCGUUGCAUAUUGGAAACCUAUCAGCUGGCACUCGUAUAGAUGAGCUUCAACGUGUUUUCCGGAGGUUUGGUAGGUGUACUGUACGAGUGAAGGACAAGUAUGGUUUUGUAGUUUAUGAUUAUCCUGCUGGUGCUGAAAAAGCUCUUAAAACACUUCGUGGGACAAGGAUUUGUGGUCAGGCCAUAACAAUAUCAUGGUCUAAUCGGCAGCCCCGGAAUUUGCAAAGGCUCCCCACUGGGGAAAAGUCGAACGAGCUACCACACAGAAGGUACUCAAUGAAAGAAUAUGCUCAUCGAAGGUUGGGUUCAUAUGGUCGUCGAGAGAAUGAGAUGAACUCCCAAGAAGCAGAUGGUGAACUUAAAACUGGUGCUUCUGACUUAAUUUACGAAUCAACUAGGUACCGUCCAGAUGAUUCAAAACCUUAUGUGAGGGAAAGCAGUCAUACUUCUCCGAGUGAUCAUCAUGUGAAAGGAGAUGGUAGAAAGAACCAUCUGAAUGUUAGUAGGUGGGACGAACAGGCUAUAGACCCACUUAAUGAAAUUUAUUUGGAAAAUAAUUUGGACUUUGACCGUUAUGAGCCUCAUAACAGCGACUGUAAAAAGGAAUUGGAUGAACGUACAGACAUAUCUCCUUUGGUGGGUUCACCUUCUGUCAAGAAGAUCCAAGACAGAAGAGGGCUUUCCUACAAUGAAAAAUCUCAAAAGAGUUGCUAUAUUUGUGGAGAGGUGGGCCACAAAAGGAGCAACUGUCCACUAGAGCCAAAGAGGCAUGCAUCUGGUUGUCGAGGAAGGCCACAUCCCAGUGGUGACACUGUUCCCAUUAGUAGUCAGGACAGUGACAAGGAGCCAUCAACUUCAAAAAGCUAUCAGAGGUUGCUGAGACGUGGAGAUUCUUCCACUCAGGAGAUUUCUCCUAGAGGAAGGGGGAAUGAGUUCAAAGAUAAAAAGAGAAAUUGGAGGGACUAUGAAAGUCAGGAUAAAAGUCAUAUUGAGAGAGCAAGAGGUCCAUCAUCAUCUUCAAUCCACUCUGAUUAUACUUCAUCCAGAUCACAGUCUCCUUCUAGAUCAUCUCAACCUUCAUCACGAUUCAAGUUGAAGUCAGUACAUUCAGAGAAAAUUUCCUUACCUUCUUCUUCUGGAUCUUCACCUUCACGUCAUUCUGGAUAUAAAACCUUUAAGUCACGGUCCAAAGCCGGAUCAAUGUCACUUACUUCUUCAUCUUUACCUAAAGAGGUCAAUCAAAAUGUAUCUCCCUUUCCAAAUAAAGCUCAGGAAAACUCCAAGGGUUCUUUGGCAAAUGUUGUUUCUCUUCAGCAAAGUAUGGAUGUAAUUGAAGAGGAAACACUGUUAAGGAGGACUGUAGGUUCCACUAGAACUCGAAGUAUCUCAUUCUCGUUAGAAAAUAAAUGUGAAACAAGACCUGCUAACUUGGAACAAGAAGGCAUGACGAAGGAUUCAUCUGGGAAGGAUAAUAAUCUAUCUCAUUCUUCCCCCAAGGACUCGCAUGAAUUGUUACUGUCAGAUGGUGAUGAGCAUAUUGUUGAUAAUUUAUCUCUGCACUCUAUGAAAGGGAUGAGAGAUUCACAAAUUGAGCAACAUGUAGCUGAAACAGAAUCUAAAAAUCCAUCAAUGUCUAAUGCUUCAAGUUCAGCGAGAAUGUCUUUAGAGGAAGUACACAUGGUUCUGAAACAUUAUGGCCUGCAGCACCCUGAGGAAAAUAGAAAGGACUUAUCUGUUGAAGUUUAUUUUGGUUCCGCCCGCUUUUGGCCUUGGGAGAUGAUUUACUAUAGGAGAUUAAAGAAGGGUCCUAUAUCAGCUGAGAACUAUGCAAGGAGAAUUGCUCAGAAUGCAGAAUUUGGUAUUAUUGACAGACAUGUUAGAGGCAGUAGUGGUUGGGGAGAACUUCAUGAGAAAAGUUCUUGAGCAUCUUUUUCUGCGAUUAGUGUUUCUAUUACUCUUUCAUCAUUCAUCUGAAGUCUCCUACUGAAGUGUUGAUUGGGCACCGACAGUUAUAUUUCUUCUGGUCAUGUGCUUAAGUGUUGCUGAAAUUCAUUUAGAACCCUGGUUUCAUCUUUCAUCAUGUUGUCAUGGAAUAUGACAUGACACACAAGACUUGUAGGUUUCUCUUGGUUAUAAUUGCUAAGUUUCAGUGUAUGAGAAUUUCAUCAAGUAAGAGUUUUUUAUUUUUA